AUGGGAAGAUUGGGGAAUUUGCAAGGGCCCAAGAGUGCAUGUCUCGCUUUGAUCGCACAAUCUUGUAUAAUUGAUUACGGAACCUGUUCAAUUCAGUAUGGAUUUCAAUACUACUCAUACUUUUCGCAUACGUUUUGUCGCAUGCCUUCCUACCCUGGACGAGGUGAUAAGUGUGAUGGAGAGAGGACAAGAUUCCGCACCAUUCUGCGCUACGCAUCCAACGGCGGCAGACCAUGCGAUCCAAUGGAGAUCAGAGAGGUUGACAAAUGUCCGAGAGAAUGCAGCGGCAAUCUCUAUUGCACAUGGGCAACUUGGGAGGACUGGUCUGCGUGCAGCAAAACCUGUGGUCGAGGCGGCAAGCGUCGACGGCGCCGAUACCUGCACUUAACGGAUGAGCGUGAGAAUGUGCUAUCGCCCGAGCCAGAAGCUGAAACAACGACAACGGAGCGCCUGAAAGAUGUUAUGCCGCCGACACUUCCUCCCCCAACAUUGCCACCUCAGUCUCCUCCACAAUUACCACCAACGCUGCCGCCGCCAACACUGCCACCUCCGGUGCUGCCGUCUUUCACACAGCCGACAUUGGCACCAACUUUGCAACCUCCAACUUCCCCGGUCGGUUCUAUGGAAGUGAGCUCCGUCCGCCAACUGAAAGAGGUGACUGCCGCCUAUGACACAUUCGAGAAAAUGAAGGAGUUUGAGUUCCAUACCGUGGACCUUCUGCUCUCCUUUGCAGGUGGCUUUGCAAGCCUCAGCCUGGUGGUGGCAGCUCGCAAGUGUGCUUCACACAGGCGCAAACCGGACAGUCCAGCCGAAGCUGUUUGGACCUCCGCAUAG